AUGAGUGACCUUUGCAACGGUUUUGAACCACAAAACUAUCUCAAGGAGCGUUGUAAAAAGUGUUUCCGUCCAAAGGAUAAACAUGUCGAAGAAGCUACGGUUACACUGUCUGCACUAAAGAAAGAACGGAGGAGGAGUUGGAAAGCUUCAAGUAAUUUGGAUAAUGGAGGACCUGAUGACGGUGGGUUGGGUCGUUAG